UGUAAGUUUCUCCAAUAGGCCCAAAGGUUAAGCUCUCGAAGCCGAGAACCGCGGGUGACGCGUUUUGCUGUGCGUCAGAGAGACAAAUCUCACGCCGGAACUCGUUUACUUCACCGCCGCUCGCUCUUCUUCCUCUAUCUUCACCGCAUCGCCUUCCGCCUGCUAGAGAUUUUGUGGGGAUGUCUUCAGCGCAAGAUCCAUUCUACAUUGUUAAAGAAGAGAUCCAAGAUUCUAUUGAUAAGUUGCAAUCAGCAUUCCACAAAUGGGAGCGUAUCUCUCCAGGCAUGGGGGAUCAAGUCCAUGCCACCAAAGAGCUUCUUGCUAACUGUGGAAGCAUCGAGUGGCAGGAAGGUAGAUGAGCUGGAAAAAGCGAUUACCGUUGCAGCAAAAGAUCCUGCCUUGUAUGGCAUUGAUCAGGCUGAGCUUGAACGACGCAGGAGAUGGACUAGUAAUGCUAGGACACAGGUGCGGAAUGUGAAGACUGGUGUUCUAGCUGGUAAGGGUAAUGCUGGAGUUGGUAAUGCAAGUGAAGUGCGCCUGGAAUUAAUGAGAAUGCCAAACUCGAAUGAGGCAAAUAGAUACGAUCAGUAUGGAGGAAGAGACGAUGAUGGUUUUGUACAAUCAGAAUCAGAUAGGCAGAUGCUGUUGAUAAAGCAACAAGAUGAAGAAUUGGAUGAGCUGAGUAAAAGUGUAGAGAGAAUUGGAGGGGUGGGGCUUACUAUACAUGAUGAACUUGUUGCACAGGAGAGAAUAAUAGAUGAAUUGGGUACAGAGAUGGACAGUACAAAGAACAGGCUUGACUUUGUUCAGAAAAAAGUGGGGAUGGUAAUGAAGAAAGCAGGAGCGAAAGGGCAGAUGAUGAUGAUAUGUUUCUUGCUCGUCUUGUUCAUCAUCCUAUUCGUUCUCGUCUUCUUGACCUAAAAAAGCUGGAUUCUUACUUAGAGACGGUCUCUUGAUGCUACUCUGUUAUGUUUUUUAUGGUGAAAACAGAAAGGAACAUAUAUAUUACAUAGAAAGUUGUCUGGUUUGUCAUUGUAUCCUCCUAUCCACGCCAACUCUGGUAAAUCUUUGAGAUUGAAUUCUAUUUUUUUUUUUU